GCGAGGGGCGCGCCGCGACGGAGCCGCGCCGCAAUGCUCACAGACGUGACGCCGUCCGUGGGCCGGCCGCCCGGCCAGCUAUACGCACAGACCGUCCGAGAUGGCUCGGUGGAGGUUGUCGGUCUGGCUAAGGGCAAAGUGUGGCCCAGUGUCAGUGUCGAGGAGAUCCUGGAUCACCCGAGCUUGCGCGGCACGCCGCUAGCGAUGCUGGCGGCGCAGUGCAACAAGCUGUCCAGCAAGUCGCCGCCCCCGCUGGCCGACGCCGCCGUCGGCAAAGGCUUCCACCCCUGGAAGAAGUCGCCGCAGCAGGGCGGCGCCGCCACCACCGGCGCCAGUGGCGCGCCGGGCGGCGGCAGCGGCAACAACAACAACAAUAACAACAACAACGGCGCCGGCGUGGGCGGCGCGGGCGGCGUGGCGCGCUCCAUGGCCGUCAGCUCGAGCGCCAGCUACGCGGGUCGACCCGUCAUGACGACGGCUGGCUGCGCCGUCGGCGUCUCGUCGGCUGGCGGAUACGGCGCGCCCGUCUCCUCUGGCGGAGACCUCUACUUCCCCGGGCAGCCCAUGACCACGUCGCCAGAAGCUGGCGGCGGAGCCGGGGGCGGAGGCACGCCUGGAGGCGGCGGCGGGGGCGGAGGCGCCGCUGUCGCUGCGCAUCAGGCAGCUCUUCUGGGGAAGGUGGACGUGUACCCGCGGCACCCCUACGAGUCGUGGCCGUUCAACGCGAUGCCGGGCGCGGCGGCGGCGCACCCGGGGGCGCUGAAGGCGGCGGGCGACGCGUGGUGGGACGUGCACUCCGCGGCGGCAGCGGGCGGCUGCGGCUGGCUCGACAUGAGCGGCGCCACGGCGCACGCGCAGAUGGCCGCCGCCAACUACGCCGCCGCCGCCGCCACGUCGGCCGCCGCCGCCUCCGUCGCCGACUACUCCACGCUCAGCCACACGCUCGCCGCCAGCAACCACCUGCUCUCCGCCGCCGGCGGACACAACCUGCUGCAGGACACGUACAAGUCGAUGCUGCCGGGCGCGGCGCAGGGCGCCUUCGGGCUGCACGCGCACCACGCGCACGCGCACGCGCACGCGCCGUCGCCGUCGCCGGUGUCUGCCGCGGCGUCGCUGCCGCCGCAGGUGCCGUCGCCGCGCUCGCAGCGCCGCUACACGGGCCGCGCCACCUGCGACUGCCCCAACUGCCAGGAGGCGGAGCGCCUCGGGCCCGCAGGCGUGCACCUGCGCAAGAAGAACAUCCACAGCUGCCACAUCCCCGGCUGCGGGAAGGUGUACGGCAAGACCUCGCACCUGAAGGCGCACUUGCGCUGGCACACGGGGGAGCGGCCGUUCGUGUGCAACUGGCUCUUCUGCGGCAAGCGCUUCACGCGCUCCGACGAGCUGCAGCGCCACCUGCGCACGCACACGGGCGAGAAGCGCUUCGCGUGCCCCGUGUGCAACAAGCGCUUCAUGCGCUCCGACCACCUGGCCAAGCACGUGAAGACGCACAACGGCGGCGGCUCCGGCUCCGGCUCCAAGAAGGGCAGCUCCGAGUCGUGCUCCGACUCGGAGGACGGCGCGUCGCAGCCGGCGGCGUCUCCCGCGUCCGUGGCGCACACGCCCCCGCUCGAUGACGUCAAGCCCCCGGGGCUGGUCUGAGCCCGGUGGGGUCCCGCGCUGCUGUACCCGCCCUACCACCACUAGCAGCCGCCGGACCCCGCCCCGGACACGACGCCCGGCCACCCAGCACCGCUGCCCGCCGACGCCCACUGCCGGGGAAGACGCCCGCACGAGACACCGCCGCCUCCGGCGUCAGUGUCCGAUCCGACGUUUGCCGCUGUGCUCCGGCGCCAGCCGAUUACCGAGUACACAAAUCCACAUCAGACAUGUCUGGUAUUCCCCCUUUGCGGACCUUCGAUCGUCUUUGAGAUAAUCGAAUAAUGGAACAGAAUCGCGGUUGUCUACAUUACAUCAACACACAAGUUACGUCCGAAACGCCAAACUGUACAACAUUUCCCUCGUACCACGUCUGCAGCUAUAAUCAGAACUGAUCUAAUGGUAACUUUACAUCUAUUGUCAACCGUCAUUUACACGGGACAAUUUUUCACUUACUAUUUAUACUGAAUCGGUGAAGAAUGAGACUUUUGCGAAGAGUCCGAUUGAUUUCGUAACAGUAGUGCAGGAGUUGGAGUGACAUCUCAGACAGCUCAGUAAUACCAUUGCCUGCAAAACAUUAUAAUCCAGAAUGAGAUUUUCACUCUGCAGCGGAGUGUGCGCUGAUAUGAAACUUCCUGGCAGAUUAAAACUACCGUGACUCGAACUCGGGAUCUUUGCAAGUGCUCUACCAAUGAGCUACCC